AUGACAAGAACGACGCCAGAUGCUCUAUCUAGCUUGAACCAAUUUAACAACGCGACGAUCCCAACAGCAAGUAAUAUGAUAACAGUUGCCAAAUCAACGCACAGUAAUAAACGCCCGCCCAUCAUCAUUUACCCCACUGUGUCACCCGAGUCAAUAGUCAUACCGAUCGUGUCCUGCAUUUUCGGCUUUCCAUUAUUGGCUCUGACAGUUAUUUGCUGUUUGCGACGAAGGGCGAAAUUAGCGAGGGAACGCGCAAGACGCCGCAACUGCGAAUUGGAUCGCGGUGAGUUAUCUGUGGUGAGAAUGUCUCCGAUGAAAAAUAGACAACGGGCGGUCAGUCUCGUCCGCUGUCCGCGGCCGCCUCCCUCACUUGAAUUGGACACUGUCCUGGAAGAACGCUCCGAUCCGGAACAAACUACGCUUUCACAGGUGGAAAUAACCCCAGACAAGGAAGUGGGUUCGAUACUCUUCGGAGCCAUUGGUGCUGUGGGGGCAGCCGCGGUUACUGCGGCCGCCUGCGCCGGCGACAGCUAG